AUGUGCCUGCUUCCGUGGGCACUGAGCAGCGUGAGGCCGGACCUCCCUCUCUGUGUGGCCUCUCCUUCAAUGCAGAGCACGGCCAAGAGAGCGUAGUUCGUGCGCUCUGCGUUGGCGCUGCUAGUGACACGUACCUGUAAGAAUGCCAAGGUCGUAAUGUCGCUUAAGAGGAUGUCACAGGACUGCGGCAAAGGGUCGGAGGCCUUCUGUGCUGAGGAAACUGUAAUUGGUAACCUGUUACACACGUUGAGAGUGUCUCUGCUGAAGAUUCCAUAGUAAGCGCGCAUCAGUAUUGGAGUCAGAAAACAUUUUUCUUUUUCAAGAGCCAAUCCAAACGUGACUUUUCUGUGAAGCUGCCUCAGAUCCCUGGACCUGACCUUCUUCAAGCUUAUUAAAUCCCUUCCAUCGCCUCACACUCAAUCAAUAUAUGAUCACUUGAAUGGACAGUAUUUUCUAAGUGUGGCUUUAGCCUUACUGACAUGUAAACACUAACUUUGGUAAUUUUCCCCAUUUUCAAGAACAAGUUAGAUUUUCAGAGGUUAUUUCACAGCAAUAAAACCUGAUUCAAAAAAAGAAAAAAGAGAUUAGGACACAGGCAAGACCGUGUGAGGACACAGAGGAGGCAGCCCUCUGCAAGCCAGAGAGGGGCCCAGGAGGAGCAGAACUUGCUGACACCUUGACUUCGGACUUCUAGCCUCUAAAACUGGAAAGAAGAAAAAAAAUUUCUGUUCAAGCUAAAGGAAAAAAAAGUUAUUCUAUGUGGUUGAUUUGGCUCUGGUGUUUCACCCAGUGCUGAUGUGAUUCCAGUGGCCAAGACCACCUCUCUCCUCUUGUUCGUUCUCCUUCUGGCCCAUUUCUUUAAAUGGGGCAUCAAGCUUGAAUCUUUGCUGCUGUCAUUUGAAAAUACACCAAGAACAGGAGAAUUUGGACUAAUUUUUGGACUACAGAUACUUUCUAAGCAUGAUGCAUUUCAAAAAUGGACUCGAAUUGACCGAGUUGCAAAACAUGACAGUGCCCGAAGAUGAUAACAUUAGCAAUGAUUCCAACGAUCUCACGGAGGUAGAAAAUGGUCAGAUAAACAGCAAGUUUAUUUCUGACCAAGAAAGUAGAAGAAGCCUCACCAAUAGCCAUUUGGAUAAAGAGAAAUGUGAUGAAUAUCUCGGUGUGGUGAGCUCUGCGCAGACGGUCCUGCCUCACUGUGAGUGUCCGUCUCCCCUCCAGACCCCGGGUACCACGUCCUUGGGCAUGUCUGUCUUCAACCUGAGCAACGCCAUCAUGGGCAGCGGGAUCCUGGGCCUCGCCUUUGCCCUGGCAAACACCGGCAUCCUGCUUUUCCUGGCCCUGCUGACUUCAGUGAUGCUGCUGUCCAUCUACUCGAUAAAUCUUCUGCUGGCCUGUUCCAAGGAAACAGGCUGCAUGGUUUAUGAAAAGCUGGGAGAACAGGUCUUUGGCACCACGGGGAAGCUUGUAAUCUUCGGAGCCACCUCCCUACAGAACACCGGAGCAAUACUGAGCUACCUCUUCAUAGUGAAAAAUGAACUGCCCUCUGCCAUAAAGUUUCUGAUGGGAAAGGAAGAGGCAUUUUCGGCCUGGUAUGUGGACGGCCGCGUUCUGGUGGUGGUGGUUACCUUCGGCAUAAUUCUCCCUCUGUGUCUCUUGAAGAACUUAGGGUAUCUCGGCUAUACUAGUGGGUUUUCCCUGAGCUGUAUGGUUUUUUUCCUAAUAGUGGUUAUCUACAAGAAAUUUGAACUUCCCUGCCCCGCUCUAGAGCUGAACUCAACAAGCGCUAAUUCCACAGAUGCAGACAUGUGUACACCAAAGUAUGUUACCUUCAAUUCAAAGACGGUGUACGCUUUACCAACUAUUGCAUUUGCAUUUGUCUGCCACCCAUCAGUUCUGCCAAUUUACAGUGAGCUUAAAGAUCGCUCACAGAAGAAGAUGCAGAUGGUGUCAAAUAUCUCCUUCUUCGCCAUGUUUGUCAUGUACCUCCUGACCGCUGUCUUCGGCUACUUGACAUUCUAUGAGAGUGUGCUGUCGGACCUCCUGCACAAGUACCAGAGCAGAGACGUCCUCAUCCUGUGCGUGCGGCUGGCCGUCAUCGUCGCUGUCAUCCUCACAGUGCCCGUGCUGUUCUUCACGGUCCGUUCGUCUUUAUUUGAACUGGCUAAGAAAACAAAGUUUAACUUAUGCCAUCACACCGUGGUUACCUUCAUGCUCUUGGUCAUCCUCAACUUGCUGGUGAUCUUCAUUCCAUCCAUGAAGGAUAUUUUUGGGGUCAUAGGCGUGACAUCUGCUAAUGUGCUAAUUUUCAUUCUACCUUCAUCUCUGUAUUUAAAAAUUACAAACCAGGAUGGAGAUAAAGGAACUCAGAGAAUGUGGGCUGCCCUCUUCCUUGGUCUCGGGCUGCUGUUCUCCCUCGUCAGCAUCCCCCUGGUCAUCUACGACUGGGCCUUGUCCGGCGGGGACGAGGGCCACUGAGACCAGCUGAGGGAGAGAACGUUCCGGUCUCCUGCCCAGUCAGGUGGCCACACAUCAGCCGCUGUCAUCCCUUUUGCAAGUUUACAGAAGUGAACAGAAAUAUAUCAGAUACUUAACGUGGAAUAGCACGUUGGUAGCAAAACAGACCUGUUUCUAUAAUUCUUCAUGUCCCUCUAAUAUCUGAGAUCAAUUUAAGGAUUGUGGAUUUUAUUUUUCCAAAUUUCAUGUGAUCGUAUUUCCCGGUACUUUCCACCGUCGGUCAUUUUUCACUCUCCUCUUUCAUGACUUUGUGGUCUCUUAGAACUUUGAAACAUGAUCAUCCUUAUGUUUGUUUAUGAUACAUCUGGAUUCUGAAAUAAUUUUCCUACCAAUGUUCAACUCAUAUUAUCCGUACCUUUUUAGAAGAGAAAAUCUUGAAUUGUAUAUAUUUAUUUUGCUUUACAGAGAAAAAGUUUCGUAGAUAAUUUGCCUAUUUUGGUUAACACAGCACACAGCAUAAUCACAGGAGAGUCACAGGGCUUGUGCCACUGCUGGGUCAGAACUGCCCAGUACUCGAGGCGGCUCUGAUGGCCUGGCGGCCACGCUCCGCUCUCCAAAAGACCUUCUCUGACGGGCGCACUCAGCUGCGACGGGGGUGAGAAUGAUUUCUUACCGUGGUAAAUACAGUAAACCAAAUAUUUUGGUGAUCUAGCAAAUGAAGUUUCGUUUCGCUCUUGGCAAAUUGUUGCUCUGAUCUGAGUCAACUCCUUCUGACGGGGAACUUCGUGACAAGCUGAGAAGCCAGGGGCUGCAGAACAGGGCGUUCACGAGCCCAGGGAAACACUCGUAAGGCAGACGGCCUACAGCCCUGCACCUGUACGGUGCAAGGGGGACGUUCUUUCAGAUUAUCAACCCAGCAGCUUUUACACAUGUCCACCAGCCUUUGCACAGAGAAUAAUGUGUAUCUAGCCAAGGAUGAUCGAGGAUAAGUAAUUCCUGUUUUAUAUUGGGUACUUUGUGGGAGGUCUGUACAAGACUUGUUUUAUAUCUAUGAAUUUAGGUUAUUGCAAAUACAAGAUUUUUGUACCUUAAAUAAGCCUGAUUCCUAUUUCUUCUCCAUUAACAACCCAUCCAGAGUCUUGAGAGAAAAAAAGAACCCUCAGAGACCGAGUGUGAGAGCUUGUGAGAUUCCUGUGCACGUCCUUCCCCCACAGGGGACUUCGGUGCUCAGCUCUUUCCUCUUCUCUCCCUUAGCAGGUGCGGGCCCUCCCACCCACCUGGCAGGACCCUCACAGGAGGACAGAGCUGCCCCACACUCUUACCCACCUCUCCUAAAGGGGUGAAGGAAACUACACAGAAACUGAAAAAGCAGAGAGCUGGGGACGAAGUGUAGCUUGGAAAGGAAUGGGGAACAGUAAAGAAAUCUCAGAAUUGCAUCCCUCCAACUAGACCACACCUCUGAUUGGACUUCCUGCAUCGCAGUCGGGAGUGUGCGGGCCUCAUGAUCUGGUCUCUGAAAACAGGACUUGUGUCUUUUCUGUAUUCUGGUUGAACUUCAACACGGUAAGUUCGCAGAGCACAGAUUUCUUAUCCAGAGAGAAGUAGAAUCUAACCACAGACCCUCGGAACAUGGAUCUGUCCCUCCCUUUACACACUAAUGCCCCAAGGCAAAGGCAGGCUUCAGGCACCUUGCUGUGACCCUGGUGGAGAAAAAGGAAAUGUUAUUUCCUGUAUUGCUUGGUGGGAUCAUUGGAACUCUUAAAGGGAUGCUCCAGAAUUAUAUCCACAUUAGGUCAGAGUUCAGGCAUUUAGAUGUGAACACCUACCUGUGAAUACCUAAACUAGUGAACUUACAGCCACCCCUGUCCUUUCCAGCAGCGUUGUUCAUAUUAGAUGUGCAAGGAAAGGAGGGAAACAGCAAGGACGUCGGUCAGCCGGAGGCCUGUCUAGACUGAGUGAGGAGAGAGCCAGGCUCCCCGCUGACACACAAUCACCUAGUCUGUAAGCUACCAUCCAUUUUCCUCGUUAACGUACAAUAGUUCAUUUUACACACACAGUCGGUUUAGGAAAUUAUCAUUAGCUCUUGGGAUGGGUAGUGAUAUUUUUGCAUCUCUGGAUCUUAAGUGUCAAUAUUUUUUAUUAUAAUUUAAAACAUUUAUUUGGAGGAGGCACAUUGUCAUAUAUGUCUAAUACCAGGGGUUUUAAAAAUCUUUGUAUGUUUAAGUUUAUUGUGGACUGAAUGUAAUGGAUCCUACUGUUGCUUGUCAAAUACCACUGAUUAAUUAUUUGUAGGGGAUUGGCUGUGAAGUAGCUCUUAUUCUUCUUGUUCAGAAUAGUGCACUGGUAGCUAAAAAUACAAGUAUCACAGAUGUUAGGUAGAAUUUAAACAACACAUUCAAGCCCUGUAGACGUUCUCCUGCUGAGUUAGUGGGCUUGAGAACCACGUUCCCUGGCGAACCCUUAGGCAGACAGGACCCUGUGAGCAGUGCCAGCUUCGCACUCAGGGUCCAGAACUGCUCUCUAGGGCAUCGCCCACUCUAAUCUACUUAGUAUUACUUACUGGAAGUGGGGAUAAUAGAGUGUGUAUAGGAAUGACAUAUAGUCAUGUCAAGCAUGCAAUCCCAUUUAUGAGCAGGUCAUUUUGUAAAAUUGUCUGUAGUUUGCAACCUGGAUGUAUUUUCCUUCAGGGACCAGGCUAUGCAUGGUUUCUAGGCCCCUAGACCGGCUGGGCAAGGUGGUGGCGCAAGAGCUCAGCUGCAGUAGGACAGCACAGCAGGCUUCCAAAGAGCCACUAAACAACGUCACCUCCUGCUGGCUGGGGGGUGUUCAGAGCUGCCCGUUAAGUUGUUACUGGAACUUGAACUGCCCCUCCCGGCAAUACGCCACCUGCUGGACGGUGGGGGUAGAGUCGUCACCCGUUAGAGGGACCAGAUGGCCUGAGGGAGGGUCUCCAGCAAAGGAAGGAUGGGCCAGGCCACUGGGGAGCGAGGUGGUGGGAGGAGGGCAGCGGAGGACGUGCUGUGAGCUGCCAGGGCCAGUCCUCAGCUGGCGCCCUUCUCUCCUCGGGGGGUCUCUGGCUUCUGCCCUACAGUUGUCUGCCCGCUGCAGAAAGGGGUUGCUGCAUAGCUUCUCCCAUGUGCCAGCCACUGAGGCCAGCACAGCACUUCUAGUGGGUUUCCUGCUAGUAGACCGGGGUUUAACCACCCGGUAAUCAGUCGUCAAGAGGUUAGAAAAGCUCUCUACCCACCUCCCUUUCUUCCAUUUGAAAACCGUGCUGAGAAAGGCACACAUGGGUGUUGGUCACAGGGCUUGGGAUGUACAAAGGGCUGUGUAGGAUUCCUCGGUAUUUCAGAGGACCCCUCUGGCCGUUAACCCAGAGCCAACUUCUUUCUGGAGUUGGACUUAAGCCUCUAACCAGCGGUUCUCAAAGUGUGGUCCCAGACUGGCUGUGUCAGCAUCUGCAGGGCUUGCUGGACUGCAGACUCGUUCUCGGGCCCCCCACCCCGCCGACCAGUGAAUCAGCCGUCGGGGUGGAGGCGACGCAGCCUGAACAAGGCCCCUGGUGGUCUUGAUGCACACCAGGUUUGAGAACCGCACUAAGUUCGUCUCCUCUUUCCUCCGUUGGGCCUGCCUCAGGGUGGCUCUCGGAAAGGCAGGCCGCCUGUGCCCCGCCCGGUGUAGCUUGAAGCUGAGGCAUGAUAAGGGUGCAUUUUUGAAACUGAAGAAAUGGAAAUGAGGUGGUUUUAGUUCAGAUUUUGUUUGUUUAGAGGAAUGAAACUAAAAUACCCUUUGUAAAUGUACCCUAGGAGGAAACGGUUCCCGCCAGGUGUGCCCCAGGUGUGUGCCGUCUGGUGAUCAGGCAGCCCUUCUUACAGGGAGUCCCCCACUGAGGUCUGCUCGCACCAGCGUUUGCACACUCGGCGACAAGGGUGGAGGCUGGUGGAGGCUGCUGGGGGGCAGGAGGUCGCGGUGGGAUCCCACACUGGGUUUCAUGCCUUAGAGCAGAAGCCGUUGGUCUCCCUCUGUUGAUCACUUAUAGAUGGCUUCAGGCUUAAAAAACUUGACAUGAUUUCUCCAUUCUAGUUCACAGUAAACUUCUAGCUACUUGCAGAAUAAAGAUACAAACUGUGUCACUUAGCAAUACAGUAGUUUUCCUUCGGGAAGGUAGAUCUGAGAAUCCUACGGCACCAGAACAUGCUUCCUCUAAAUACACACAGUGAAUUAUUUAUAGUGACAUAAAGCUUUCGGAUACAAAUUGGGGAUGGAGUGGCUAACAACUGAAAAAUAUCACUAAAUCUACCAGGGAAGGUUCUUGAAAAACAUGCAAAAGUCACAAGGCUCAGACAUUCUCCUUUAGGGUUUUCAGAGGAAGGGCUGUAAAACUGGGCCCAUCUGUGCACAGGCUUGAAUUUGUGUUUUUAAAAGGAAGAAUCUAUGCAGCUGAGGUUUACUGUAGGAAAUAGUUCAUUUGUAAAAAUGCUGUAAAUAAAUAGGAGGCUGUAUAUUUUUGCAGUUGUUGAUCACACAGAAAUAGAAGUCUCUAGUAUCUGCCAAUCGAGAAUACAUGUUUUUGUAGAUAUUGGUGAGUUUGUUUGGGAAUUAGAAAACUGACAUUCUCUCCCAGAUAACAGUUCUCUCAGUGUUAACUUGGAACCUAAAACUCAUACUUGUUUAGAAAGAGAAAUAUCUGGGAAAUAGUUGUGUUGAUUUCUUAUAGUGGUAUUAAGAUCAAUUAUUUAAAAGAUAGUUCUCUGAGCUACAAAUAUAAGGAGUAUUUAGACCCAAAUUAUUGUCAUAGAGAAAUAGGUACACGCAAAAUGACAAACUGUGUCUUCAUUAUGCUCUUCCACUGUUCACUCUGAUGCCACUACACGGUAUUCAUGAAAACAGAAGUUGGGGAGGAGAAUUUUUUUUCCAAGAUUAAAUUGCUGCAAUUCCCAAACUUUGAAAGGGUGGGAAGGUGGGGGGAAACUUGAACAUUAACCAUGAGCACAAAUUUGAGGGGGAAAAAAGAAAGAACCAUUAUUUCAUCAAAAACUUUUGAAAGUCUUGCAUGUCUGUCUUUUAUUUUCAGUGUUGACGUCAACAUAUUGUCUUAAGUAUUUUUUCUCAGAACACCUGAAUCUUGAUCACUGGUAUGUAAUCCACUCUCUAGAGUCUAGUGUAUUUUACAUUUCAUUAUUGUAAAACCUUGUAAAUGAAUUUCAGAUGGGUAAUUUAAGUGAGUCACAAGUCACAAAACUUGGCUGUUCAUGAUUAAUCAAAUAGAGGUUUUUUUCCCCAGGAUGUGGUAUAAAUAAAUGUAAGAAGUUCUGUUCUAUAACUGCUCUGUUAGCAUAGUUUUUAAACAUUAAAAAUGUGAACUUA